AAAUAUGUCGCCGCUACUCUCGACCUUACAUCGGAGGUUACUGGUGAAGAGUGUCGAUCAGGAUGGGAACGAGCGACCAGUUGAGACCCUUGACAAUGACUCCAUCCGCCCAACCCGCGCCAAAGAUCGGACAUGGACUCAAUUCACCUAUGUGAUGUUCUGGUUCUCGGCGGUGGCUAAUGUCAGCAAUCUCUACGCGGCCUCCACCGGCAUGACCAUGGGGUUGACGAUGUGGGAGAGUAUUGCCUGUACUUUCGGCGGGCAAUUUAUGGCGGGAUGUCUCAUGGCGCUCAAUGGACGCGCAGGCGCUAUGUAUCGCAUUCCGUAUCCGGUGCUCUGCCGCUCUAGCUUUGGCGUGUGGGGAGCAUUGUGGCCGACCUUCAAUCGCGCAGUCAUGUCCAUUGUGUGGAACGGGGUCAACAUGACCCAGGGAGCGCAAUGUCUAUAUGUGUUUCUCCAUGCCAUCUUCCCCUCGAUCGCCCACAUCCCAGACCAUAUGGGUCCCAAGUCAGCGCUUACUUCGGCGCAAAUGAUCUGCUUCACCGUAUAUUGGCUUAUCAACUGCGCAUUUCUGGUCGUACCAGUGCCCAAGAUGAAGAUGCUGGUCUACAUUAAAGUAGUCGUCUACUACGGUGGAGCAUUGGCCAUGCUGGCAUGGGUCGUCUCCCUGGCAGGCGGCUCACCCGCAGCUCUCCGUGCAUCUUCGACCGUUCACGGACAGGAGAAGAGCUGGCUGAUCUGCAAGUUCCUAUGGUUGGGCCUGGCCAGCUGCGGGACCUUUAUCUCUAAUGCAGCAGACUUGCAGCGAUAUGCGCGCAAGCCCAGCGAUGUGAUUUGGGGCCAGCUCAUUAGCUUUCCGCUGUCUGGGCUGCUGGUUGCAGUGCUGGGCAAUGUGAUCGCAGGCUCUAGUGAGAGUAUGUUUGGAGAGCUUAUCUGGAAUCCGAUUACCUUCCUUGAUAAGCUGAUGGACGGCGAUCGCUACACCCACGGCAAUCGCACAGCCUGCGCUUUUAUUUCACUAGCAUUCAUCUACUCGACCGUAUUCUCCGCUAUUUUCGAGAACUCGAUCCCAGCCGGCAACGACAUCGCCGCCCUGUGGCCCCGCUACAUUACCGUGAAACGGGGUUUCUUCAUCUGCGCCAUCCUCUCCUUCGCAAUCUGCCCAUGGUACCUUCUCGCCACGGCCUCAAUCUUCAUAACCUUCCUGUCAUCCUACCAAAUCUUCCUCUCCGCCAUCGCCGGCAUCCUCAUCUGCGACUACUACCUAAUCCGCCGCGGCCACCUCCACAUCCCAGCCCUGUACACCGCCGACCCAGCGGGCUUAUACCACUUUCUAUACGGUUUCAACCUGCGCGGCUUCGGCGCGUACAUCAUCGCCGUGGCACCGAAUUUCUACGGCUUCCUCUCGCAGAUGGGUGUUCGCGCGCCGCUGGGCAUCGAGCGGUUUUACUUCGUUGCCUACCCCGUUGGUUUGUUGAUUGCGUUCGUGGUGUUUGCGGCACUGUGUUAUUUGUGGAGGCCGCCUGGAUUUGAUGCCGGUGUUGGCUGGAUGGAGCCGGUGGAUUAUUGGGAUGAGUUUGAUGAGGUUGGUGGUGCUGCUGGGAGGGAGGAUGGGGGUGGGUUGGAGGUUGUGGAUGUGAGAGUUGGUGGAGUUGGUGGGAAGAAUGGGGAAAAGGUUUAG